AUGAAAAAUGUUUAUGUUUUUUUUUUAGAAAACUCUAACGGGCUGAACUCAAGUACCUCACUGAGACAAAGUACAUCUAGACCCACACGAAGUAAACUCACAACGAGUCAAGUUUCAAAGAAGGUAACAUCCAGUCCAAGUUCCCCUCAACCAAAGGACAUCCGACCGAGCAGCGCCACAACGACUAAACCACAGAAGCGCCAUCUUGCCUCAAACGUGCCCCUGUCAUGUUCUCAACAACUUCAGGGGAAAACAUCAACAACUACUACUGAGGCGCGAACAGCAAGUUGCCAGUCUGUGAAAAGUCUGGAAUCAAGUGGAUUGUCCAAGACAUCAAGGAACAAUGCUCCUAACACCAAAAGUAAGGCAAAUAUUACUACUGUGACAGGACCAGCAAAUUCCCAGUCUGUGAAAAAUCUGGAAUCAAGUGGAAUUUCCAAGUCAUCAAAGGACAAUGUUCUUAACACCGCAAAUGAGGCAAGUCAACGAAUCAGCCAGCCUGCAAAGAGACCUCAUUCAAGUCCCUCUUUGAAAAAGAGUUCAUCUGAUACCACUGUUGGGGCAAAACCAACGACGAGCGGGGAUUCAAAGAGGCCAACAUCAAGUCCUACGACAGGGCACAAGCAACAGCCGACUAAAAGCUACCAGCCUGAACGACCCAGUUCAAGUUCUUCAAUAAAAGAAAAUCUGCCUAUUACAAAGAACAAAGCGAGGGCAACUCAAACAUGUUCCCAGCGUACCGUGCGGCCCUCAUCGGGCCCAUCUAACGUCAAGAACAGCGCAGAGACAAAGAAAACGGGCCGUGAGCCUAAAAGACGGCCGCGAUCAAGUCCAGCUUCUAAAGGUAAACAGAUCGAGGCCAACAAUGAGGUGAUCAAACAGCCCAUAUCAAGUCAUUUGUCAAAGGACGAUAUGCCCAAGACAACCUACACAGAAAAACGAAAGAGCUCUCGGUCUCUUAAGAGCCCUGUGUCACGUUCUGCUUCUGCAGAGGGCAACCCAGCCAAGAUCGUUGAGACCUGUAAAAUCAGGCAGCACGCAGCUCAGGAAAGAAAGGCCGACCCUACCGACCAGCCCAUAGUCACCGAAGACAUUAAGAAGGUUCUUGAGGACGAAGACUCCCCCAAGAGAGAAGUUGUUGAGGAUAAGUUUCAGUCAAGAUCUCUGGUAAUUGAAUAUUGUACAGUUCCUUUAAUUUAUAAUAACUAUAAACAAGAAAACAAAUGGAACAUUUUCUAGUUACUUCAGUUACGAAUUGUGAAGCUCAAAAAACAAGGACCCCUUGUGAGGGUGGGGGCAGGUUUUGUUUGCGUGUCUUUGCGUCAUAAAUUAAACCACUGUCAACUUUAGAUCAGCUCUACAGCCACAAUCAAUAGUGGAGCACUUUUUGCGAUACGCUCCCCCAUUGAAGAAUAUCAGUCGAAUAGCUCCAUAGAAGUUGUAGCACCUACAACUGAAGCACAUUCGCUGAUUGUGAUCAUUGUAAGCGAACUGACAAAAAAUGCGCUUAUUUCUUUUAACAGGAGUCGUCCGCCUCGGAUGCGGAGCUAGACUAUUUUGUAGCUGACAUUAUCCAGUCACAGCUAAACCUCGUUCAAAAGAAGACAUCUCCAGAGAAGAAUCCUAACGUUCUCAACUCACAGCCUGCUACCAUGAGCUCACCCACUGAAAGGACAGGUAACUACAUGGACAUUUCUACGGUUAUCAUACUUUUAUCAGUAUUUAUCACUGUUCAAAACCAGGAUUCGACAGGAAAGGCCCCCACGUUUAUCAUAAAUGGGACCAAAAAUAAAGAAUGCAAGAGAUAGCAUCCCUUUUCUAAUUAAUACACAUAUCCCCUUAAUAUAAACAAUGCUAAUUGAGAGAUUUUCUCAAAUUUAAAAAUUGGUUAGAGACCAUUUGUUCUGAACUUUUAGAAGAAAUUUUCCAUGACCUUUUUUGGAGGAAGAAUGACUUUCCAGUUCAGUUGUUGUUUUGCUUGGUUCUUAUUUGUGAAACAAAUCUUCCCUUACAGGUUUUGAGCAAGGCGCGUCAUUCGUGGGUACUACAAAAGACGAUGCCAUUGAGGAUGACGGUAGCGGCUGUCAACAGGAAUCUAACAGCUCCAUAGAAGGUUCUAACAUUGGUGAAGCGGAAAUAGCGGCCAAUGACUCCGAAAUCAGUCAAUCUCCUUCAUCUCCGACUGUUACAAAGGUGAACGAGAAAGCCGAAGAGAAGGGCCGUACAUCAACCACUGCAGGUGGUGUUCUGACCAUCUUUCCAGAAGAGAAUGCUCAUAUCGAUUCUAUGGAGCCCAUGGGAGUGUCUAAGCUUAUUCAAGAUGGUCCGUCUUCGACAGACAUUAACACUCUAGUGCAUUUUGACUGCGCUGAUGGAAAGAAGAAUCCUGGGAGCUUGAGAUCGUCUCCAGGUGCAACGAAAUCUCAAGAAAAGAUUGAUUUGGCUGUUGAGCGUAAGAGUAGCAAGACGUCCAUCGAUGGAAGAAAAUCAUCUCGUACCCCGACAGCUUCUAGGUCGAGUGCAAAGAUUAGCAACUUGUCAGCCGGAGAUUCGGUAGAUGGUUCAUUUCCUUCACAGACUACAUGCUCAAACAGUAGCCCUUGCAGUAGUCGUUCCACUACAGAUACCUCUAUGAGAUUAAACCAUCGGAAAUCAGGUCAGAGGCCCUUGUCUGCUGCAAAAGUGCCAGAAAAAUCAAAGUCGAGUCAGAACAAGCCACAUUCAAGCGCGAGGUCACUUUCUGAUCCAAAGGUGUCUGAUGUAACAAAGUCACUAACACCAAGCAGAAAAUCGUCUCAUGGUCAGUCAUCCAGAGUGCAAAAUGCAGACAAAAAACGACAACUGACACCGACGAAUAUAAGGGGCGAGUUGAAAUAUGACAAGGUUGGAAAAAUGAGCGGCUCUCAAGAAAUGAGCGGACGAAGCUCCUCAGCCACCUUGUCAAAGCGGUCAGUGAGCCGCAACUCCUCCAAAUCUGCAGGAACGACAUCCCCGACAUCCACUGCACCUUCAGUUGUGAAGAAAGAAUUGGAUAAGUCUAAGUCUGAUGACAAAAUACACCAAACGCCUAGUGAACAGAAAGGUGUGGUCAAGGCACAAUCUUCCUGUUAUGAACGAGCAGAAAAGGCCAAAUCAAAUGAUAAAGGGAGGAUGGAUGGACACCAUAGCCAGAAUAGCCUAUCCACAAGCAGUCUGCCUAUAAAAGAGGAUUUGGAAAAACGUCCUAAAAGCGGAAGAUCAAUCAGCAUAGGAAGUAAUGUGUCUAUUGUCAAGUCGGAGGAGCCCUUGAGUAAUCCUCGAAAUUCAUCUUUAAAGAGUUCACGUAAUGGCAAAGUCAUCUCUCCUUCACAAAAGACACGUGUGCGUUCUGCAAAAGAGAACUCUGGAAGUGCUCGCAGCUUAAGAGAGACACCAGGAGAAUUUGAGGUGCUGGGUUCUUCGAAAACAUUGCAGUUUUCCUCUCCUUCUUACCCAGAGGUGCGAUCAAGGAACUCACGAAGUAAAACCUCUCUGAACAAGAUGGAAAUGUUAAACAAUGAUAAUGAACUAAAGAAGGAGACUUCACUUAACCCAUCCUCGGGGAAGCUACGCAAAUGUUCACCCACUUAA